GGUCGGCUUUUAGACUUGCCUGGUGGGGUUUGGUGUGGCGAGGAUCGUGGUUGGGCGGCGAAUUACGGAUUCGGAGAGCUUUCCAGUUUCCACAUGAGUUGUUAUUUCUUACUUCACAAAAUUGCCUGAUCCUCCCAGCCUUGACCCUUCCUUUUCUUAUCCUAAACUAAUUGCUCCGCUCCUACGACGCAGAAUUAUUAUCACUUUGAAUUUGAAUUUGAAUCUUUCUUGCCACCGUGAUCAAAUUGUUGGGGGCAACCAUUUUUAAAACCUAGAUUCGUCUCCUGCGAUUGGCCAUCCGAAUUAGGGUUAUAUUCUCUCGGUUUCGGUAUCUAAAGAAGUUAUGGACGACUGCUGUGCGGUCUGCGCCGAACCUUUGGAAUGGGUUGCGUACGGUCCCUGUUUGCACCGGGACGUUUGCUCGACCUGCGUUGCUCGUCUCCGUUUCAUAUGCGACGAUCGUCGUUGUUGCAUCUGCAAGACCCAGUGUGACCGUGUUUUUGUCACGAAGGCUCUAGGAGAUUUUACAAGGAUGAUUAAUGACUUCUCAGUGCUGCCAUCUGAUGUAAGGGAGGGUCAGGUGGGUUCAUACUGGUACCAUGAAGAUACAAAUGCUUUUUUUGAUGAUGCGGACCACUACAAGAUGAUCAAGGCUAUGUGCAAGCUUUCAUGUAGUGUAUGUGACAAGAUGGAGGAGCAAGCACAUGAUGCCUCAAAGCGUCGAGCAAGGUUUAGGAAUAUAGAACAGCUAAAGGGUCACUUGUACCGAUUUCACAGGUUGCUCAUGUGCAGUUUAUGUUUGGAAGGAAGGAAGGUAUUCAUUUGUGAACAAAAGCUAUAUACUAGAGCACAGUUAAAUCAGCAUAUAAACACAGGUGAUUCUGAGGUGGAUGGAAGUGAGAGUGAGAGAGGUGGUUUUAUGGGGCAUCCUAUGUGUGAAUUCUGCCGAUCCCCAUUUUAUGGGGACAAUGAACUAUACACUCAUAUGUCAACAGAACAUUUUACUUGUCAUAUAUGCCAAAGGCAACAUCCAGGACACUAUGAAUAUUAUAAGAAUUAUGAUGACUUAGAGACCCACUUCCGUCAAGAGCACUUCUUAUGUGAAGACGAAGGUUGCCUUGCUAAGAAGUUCAUUGUAUUUCAAUCUGAAGCAGAGAUGAAGAGGCAUAAUGCUAUUGAACAUGGAGGGCGAAUGUCAAGGUCAAAACGCAAUGCUGCACUUCAGAUUCCAACUAGUUUCCGAUACAGACACAGUAAUCAACAAGAUCAACGGCGUGGAAGAGGCCGGACAUUUCGUCGUGAUCUUUCUGAAAGUGAACUUUCUAUGACCAUUCAAGCCAGUUUUGACACAGCUAGUGUAGAGUACACAAGUCAUGAUCCAGCUACAUCAAGCAGUGGACAAGAUGCUCUUGGUUAUGGGAACUUUGAUAAUGAGCCAGCCUUCCAAUCAUCUGAAUCCUUAGCUACAUCAAGUUCUGAGUCAUCUUCAAGAUACCUCCAAGCCUUGGGGCAAAAUUCAAGGAGUUCACCAUUGGAAGAUUCCUCCUUCCCUCCACUUCCCUUGACAUCAAUCAAUGGCCAACCAAAGCCCCAAAAUGAGCCUGAAAGUUCAUCUAGUAACACUAUGGCAGCACAUUUGCGUCGGCAUGGCAGCAGAAAUGUAUCUACUUUUGAUUCUGCUAAUGGCUGGCCAGUGGCAGGUCGUGGAUCCGUGCAACCAUCAAGUAAUCCUAAGCAAUCUAAAAAGCCAACAAAUGUUGCUCCUGGAGUGUCAGGCAAUUCCAGUCAGCCAAAGACUGUCAUCAAUCAUGGACCUGCACCUUCAACCUAUGCUAGUUCUGUCCAGGCUGUGCAGAGAACUGCUCAUGGACAUCUGUCUCCUGGCACAUCAAGGGAAAUGCGUGACAAUGUUAGAAUAUUUCAUUCUGCAUCUGCUCCAAAUCUCAUUGCAAGUGGUCCUUUGGAACCCUCAUUUUCUGAUUUCCCUCCAGUAUCAUCUACAAAAAUAAACAAAUUGCCUCAGAGUAGGCAGUCUUUGACGAAUGUGGAGGAUGUUCAUUCUGCUAACAAGUCCUUGGUUGCAAAGAUCCGUUGUGCUCUUGAUUUUGAUCAAGAUAGAUACACCCUUUUUAAAGACAUCUCUGCUCAAUAUCGCCAAGGAAUAAUUGAUACAGGCACAUAUUUGGAUCACGUGCAGCAGUUUGGAUUGUCUCAUCUUGUACUUGAGUUAGCUAGGCUGUGUCCUGAUCCACAGAAGCAGAAAGAAUUAGUUGAUUCUCACAAUGCUAGUUUGCAAAGAAUUGCUUUGCGAGAAAAUGAUUGGGGUGGCAGUAGUAUCCAUCACAAAGAUGGCAAGGUCUCCAAGAAAGGUAAAGGUAAAGGUAAGGUUAAAGGAAAAUCCAUAGAUCUUGAAGAGAGGAACUUCAAAGAGAAUUUAGGAGAUAGCUUUAUAAGCACUGUACGUCAAUUACAGUUGAAUCACGAGCCUUCGGAAGAGAAUGAACAGGUACUAUCAAAGGGUGAUUACCGUAGUGCCAAAGGUAAGUCGAAAAUUUUGGCUGAUGAACAACUGAUUGGUACUAAUUCUGGUAGUAUCCCGAAGCAUUCUGAGCAGAGUGAAACAUCGCGUGGUGGUUUUCCUAACCAGCCUAAAGAUGAAGGGGCUAGUGGGAGCAAGCAACGCAAGAAAACUUCUAGGUUCCACAGAGUGCGCCUUGGUGAUGGUUCUGUGGAAGCAUUGUUGGAUCUCAAGAGUUCAAAUACCAACUCAGAUCCUGGAUCAACAGAGGCCUUGGAAGGUAGUAAGAGCGAUGCAGGAGGGCUGCCUGUACGAGGUGUCUGGCGGAAUGGGGGUGGUCAUAAACUCUUUUCCUAACUUCCUUUGGCUUGGGAAAGUGAAGGAUUUCAUGUAAGUUAGAGCUAGCUGGCAAAGAAACAGUAGUUGAAAUUUAAAAAAAAAAAAAAAAAACCCCCACUUUUGGCUUGGAAAAUUGUGUCCAAAAUUGUGUUGAUUUUUUGUUUGGCAAAGUCGUGAAUUUCCGUUAUGUUGAAUGCAUAGUGUCAUUGCCUGGAUGGUGGAUUAAUUUUCGCAUGGUUUGAGUUUAUAUUUUGAUAAUGUGUUUAUGCUUUGUGUA